AUGGAUGAUAUGGAUGUAGAGACAGAGCAAGGUGAAGUAGGGCAUUGUGAAGAAAUAAUUAGUGAUAAUGAACUACUUGAUGAACAAGUAUUUGUUCUUCCUCGUAAUCACACACCACAAGCAUAUCUUGAUAUGUCAAAUACUGAUAUGGCAAGUAUGGAUAUACAUCUUCCAGAAAAUAAUAUUGGUUAUAGAUUGUUGACAAAGAUGGGUUGGAAGGCUGGUCAAGGUUUAGGAAGUUUUGAACAAGGUAGAAGAGAACCAAUUCGAAUAGAUAUUAAAUCUGAUAGUUUAGGAGUUGGGAAAUUAGAGGAGGAAAAUUAUUAUCAUUUUACUAGUACCUUGAAACGUAAAGCAUUAGUUAGUGAAAAAAUAGCAGAAGAAACUGAUGAGGAAAGGCUUGAACGACAAAGUAAAGUUCUAAAGAAAGAAUCCAUAAAAAAAGAAUUAGAAACAGUUAAAGCAGCAUUUUAUUGUGCAUUAUGUGACAAACAAUAUGCUAAAAUAUCUGAAUAUGAAAAUCAUUUAACAUGGUGA